AUGAACUCGUCAAGUCUCACUUGCGCACUUUGCACUCGUCCAAUUAUAUCAACUAGCAAUGUGCGAUCCUGCAGUUCGUGCAGAAAGUUUACACAUUCGGAUUGUGACUCCGAUUCAUUAAAUGUAAAUACGGUGGAAACGGAAUAUGUCUGUCCGACAUGCCGCAAUUCACCGUUGGUUGCGGAUGCAAUGAUGAUAUCAACCGGAAAUAGUUCCGUUGCGGCAUCACCAACUUCUAUCUCCACACAUGAUGAAGCAUCACGUAGUGUUCCGCUUGACAGCUCAUAUUGCUUGGAUUCACCUAAUAGAAACAGCCCGCUGAUGUCACUAUCUCAGUUGGAUACUUUUGGCGACUUCUUCAACAUUCAUCAAUCUACAGGACAAGUUCCAUCAAUGUCGCCAUCUGGAUCUACCGCAUUGAGUGGACCGAUGUCUUCCUGUAGAGCUUCUCCCGGUUCGUUUCCUGAAUUUAGUAAUACUGGCGAUGCAACUGAUGAACUGCGAUUCAGUUCCAGAAGAGAACGAAGUGAUAUUUCUUGCACUUUUAAUCGAACAUCGCGUGGUGGUGGAGUAAAAAAGCCCUGUGGUCGUGGCAUAGCGCCUCGAACACGUUCACUUGGUGGAUUAAGUGAUUUUGCAGAAGUAACCCAUUCGCAUCGAGGAAAACGGGGCGGAAGAGGUGGCAAUAAAAAUGGCAGAGGACGUCGACCAAGAGGCGGUAAGACCUCAGCAAUGUUGGCAAUGGUUAAUGCGGCAGCAGCAAAUCGAGAUGCAGAUCAAGAAAGUUCGGAAAUAGACGAUACCCGACAUCGUAUGGAAGAGAAUGAUUAUAUCAGGACAGUGGUUGUAACAUGUGCUGAAAAUCCUUAUUUCUUGCAAAUGCCUUUAUGUUUAAUUUGUGGUAGUAUUGGAAAAGAUGUUGAAGGAACAAUGGUUACAUGUGCGACUUGCUCACAAAGUUAUCACACAUAUUGUGUGGGAUUGCAUGAUAAGCUCAAUUUCACAAUAGUAAGAAGAGGAUGGCGUUGUUUGGACUGCACGGUUUGCGAAGGAUGCGGUGAUGGGCAUGACGAGUCCAACUUGAUUCUGUGUGAUGAGUGUGAUAUUUCAUACCAUAUUUACUGUUUGGAACCACCUCUUGAGCGAAUUCCACAUGGACCAUGGAGAUGUAAAUGGUGUUCGGCUUGUCGACGCUGUGGGAAUCAAAUAUCCAAUAUUGCGGAUAAUCAGCACUUUUGUGAUACCUGCUUCACACUUCGAAGGUGUCCUAAAUGUUUGCGAUUUUAUGAAAUUGGUGAUAACAUCAUUAAAUGUCAGCACUGUGCAAGGUGGCUACAUGGCAAAUGUGAAGAGUUGUACGGUGAUGAGGUGUUUGAAACUGCAUCAGAAAAUGGUUUCCGUUGCUCAUUGUGUCGUCCACAAGGUAACAUAGGCAGCGACGCUUUCAACGUUUUGGUGUGCGAUAAUGUGAUGAUGAACAAAUGCGCACUCGAAGUAUUGCAUUUACGUUUUGGUGGAGCGCUCUUUCGUUAUCCCAGUUCUGCUGAUGCUGUGUACGAUUUCCCGUCAUACUUCUUCGCACCGAGAUCUCAUUCAUUUGAAGAGCCAAUGGAAGAAGAUGAUGUAGAAAGUUCUAGUUUUGGAAUGAAUGUAGGAAUGAGUGGUCGAGGUCGAGGGAUGCGGAGUGGCGGUCCUGGUCGGCGAGUGAUGAAAUUGGGUGUCGGUGGAUUUUUUGUAAAGGUACCUCGACAUCGCUUAUCAAAUGCUGAAGAUGAAAAUGGUGUGGAAGAGGAUUCAGCAAAGCCAAAAAUAAAACGCUUCCGAAAACCGAGGAGAUCACAGCUGGAAGACAAUUAUCCCCCAGUUAUUCAAGAAAGUUUUUUUGGUAUGAGACCAGUUGAGGGAAGAUGUUUGUUAGAUGUUGUAGUGGAUGAACCAACUUUGAUAGAGCAUCAGAAAGCGGCUUUGAUUAUUGACAAGCAGAAAGAAACCUGUGAAUUGAACGAAAUGGAUUCUGAGGCCUUGCGUGAAAGUGAGAGCCUUUUGGGCAAUAUAACAGAGAAUGACAUUCUUGGAAAUAUGGAAGAAAUUGAUUUUGAUAAUUUGGAUUUAAAUGAACUGUUACUCGAUGGUGAUGAGGAUGAUGAUGAUGACGAAACAUUGGAAAAUGCAUUGAGUGAUCAAAUGGGACCUUGCAGUGAAGAUGGUCAAAUAACUAUUAGCCCUCAUGGUGGUCCCAUGCGACCUCAGACUUUGUGCUCGGGGCAGCAGACUCGAAGAUUUACGAUUGCUUCAACAAUUAAUCUAACACAAGGGAACAUUCGUCAAAAUGUACAUGUGCAUGGUUACAAUCAAACUGGUAUCUGCACUCAGCCUAGAUCAAGUAGUCAGAACUCAGCAUUUUUUAAGCUGGGCGAUACUUGUACUGAACGAGUAAAUCAAGCAACAGAAAAGUGGGAAGAAGAUGAACCAUUGGGAGAUCGUGCUACCAAAGCUGCUGUUCUUUAUGCAAACAUUAAUUACCCACAGUGGAAAGAGCAAUAUCCAGAAUGGCCAGAACGUGUGAAACACAUUCAUCGGAUGUGGAGAUCCUUGGAUGCAAGCAGUAGACAACAGUAUGUAAAUAAAGCAAGAGAAAAUCGAGCAAAUAGAGUGAAGCAGCCUCGAACAAAGCGUAUUACAACAUCGACGUCAACUCCUACAGGCGUUGUUCGAGCUAUCAUUGGUUCGCAUCGAUAUGGAAUGCUUUCAGGACAAGAGAAUAUAGCAGGAUAUUGUCGUUCUCAGGCAGAAUAUAAUGAACGCUUCAAAGUUCCAACAAUACCUUAUGGUGGCGGCGAAUGUGUCAUAGAUCAAAAUACGGCUGUAAGUUCUGUAGACGUCUCCAUGGUCCAACCUUAUGGAGCAGCACAGCAACAUUAUUAUCAUUCCGAACAGGAAGGUGGUUCAUUCACUAGUGCACCUCAGCCUAGACCUGUACCUGUAAGGAAUCCACAAUCUUUGAUUGCGCAUUUAAGCAAAGAAGUUCUUGAUAAUUAUAGUUUGCUGCAGAAACGAAGCAAUGAGUUAGCGAAAUAUCAGUUGGCAAUUGAAAAUGACUUGGCUCGAAUGCGCAAACAGAAAAAAAAUCUCACAGCGAAAAGAAGACAACUGAAUAAAAAUAAUCAACAAUACGAUGCUCACGGACAGCGCAUUGAAAUUGAACUAAGCGAAACUGACAGACAUUCACUCACAACACUUACCAAUACUAUACCGAUCCGGCAGAAAGAUUUGGAAAAUUGCAAGCGCGACAUUAAACUCCAUUCUUCGAAUGUUCGUGAUUUUGAAGUUAAAAACAACAUACCACCAGAACUAAUUCCACAAAUGACACCUGUCGUACAACCUGUUGGCCUACAUGUAAAUGCUGCGCGCACAAAACAACUGCAAAGUGGUACACCUCCCAUGCCUAAUGAUAUGAUUUCUCCAAACAACGGCAUUCGACCUCCGCCAUCAUAUUCAGCAUUUGGUGUGAUGAGUAACUAUCGACCUCCUUAUCAACCUGGCACUAAUCAGAUGUCUGAAUAUAAUCAUUCUGGCUAUGGAACUACUCCAAAAAGUGAGACUGAAACUACGCAAAUGUGUUCGGAUUCUCCAACACCAUCUAGCGGUCGACCGGGGUCAUCGAGCUCAACGGAAUGGCAGUAUCGGGGAGGAAAGGGAAAGCGGAAAAAACGUGACGAUGAUCGCAAUGAAGAGUGCAAAAGGCCAGCAAUGCUUGGUGAUGUUGCCGCUGAGACUCUUACCACACAGUUUGGGCGAGAUAUUUAUGAUGUUGUGGAUCGUUUAAUAACGCAAGCUGUUAUUAUGGUAGACGGUGCUGAAGCUGCUCGAAAAAGCGGAAUGCUGAAAAGACUUUUAGAAUCGCAAAUGAAAAAAGAAUAUCCAUCACAAAGAAAUUCUUUUACAGGACUAGAAUUUAACAUCCCUCCAAAACCAAAAAAAAAGCGUACUCAGCAGAAGAAACUUGGUGUUGGAAACAGUAAUGAGUACGAAUUAUUGCUAGAACGGAUUUCCACUCAACUUCGUCUUUGCCCGCAGCUUCCUCGAAGUGCCAUUGAACCCAUAUCCCGCAUUGGUCGUUCAUCUUAUGCCAUGUUUGGUGUUACAGAUUUACCAGAUCGAAUAGAUAAGCCAUCAGUCAAAGGAAGCGAAAUUGGUGAUGUACGCCUUGUUUUUAUGGGCGAUUAUUAUACGCGUCUCUUUCAGUGCCCUUUCGAUGAAACUUCACUUUAUCAAACAACAUCUGAUUUUGCAGCUGAUAUAAAGCUGCCAGUUUUAUACAGAACAAGAUGCGUUGCUCCACGGGGGAUACAGGAAAGGGAAAAAUCUGUAAGUAAAAUGCGAGCACUUUCGGUAGUUCGUCGUUCUGGCUCCCCACCUUUACGGCAAAUUUCGAGGAUACCUGAAUCUGUAAUGCCAGAGGCACCACCAAGACACGCAUUUUUUAAGAAACGUGAGUUGCCUAAAAAAGUAGAGGUCAGUAUUGUAUUCGAAGGUCCAGAAAGCAGCCUUGAUGCUGAAGCUGGUUUGAGACAGUUAAUGGUGCUCCUCGGUAUGGAACAGUUACCAGAUUAUGAGUUUGACACUCCACCUCAAACUCCUGAACCUUCAAAACGUGAUCUUGGUGAAAUCCAGAAAAUAGAAUCACCAGUGACGGAUGAUUUUACAUGUCGUCAUUGUGGUGCGUUGACUGAUCAGCCUGCUGUAAGGCAAACAGCUCACCAACUUGGAAUUGUUGAUCAUGAACCAAAAGAUGAAACGUUAGCAUUCUGCUCAAUGAACUGUUACUACAAUUAUAUGGCUAAUGCGAAAGCUGCGUUGUCACCAGAGGAUCUUUCGAGAGCAGAACGUUUUAUUGGCGCUGAAACGUUAGCUAAACUUCGGCAGGCAAGCGCUGAUAAUUUUGCCAAAUAUCUUCAUCUCGGAAAAGGGCAAUUAGAAUCGCCUGGAAAUUCAAAUAUGUGUUCACCAUUGAGUGACGGUCGUGUUGAGUCUGAUGCGAGGAACAAUAUUCAGAUAAUUCAAGCUCGAGAGCUGUCAUUAAUGAGUGAUCGGAACAUUCAAAGGGCUUUGGAGAGGAAAUGGAAAGGACAACUGUGGAUGCAGUAUGAUACAACGAUUAUAGAAAGUUUCCGUGAAUUAUCAGUUCAAACUCGUCAGAAGCAGCUAAUUGCCGAUCUCCAAAGCGUUUUACGUUCCCACUGCAUAGACCUUACAGAAGACAAACGGCAGUGUGCAUUUUGUGGGCAAUUUGGAGACGGAGAAUUAGAUAAUUGUGGAAGACUUUUGAACGCGGAUGCUAACAUCUGGGUGCAUGUUAAUUGUGCGUUAUGGUCCGAAGAGGUUUAUGAGACUUCUGCUGGAGCACUUAUAAAUGUGGAAGAUGCACUUAGACGGGCAACAAAUGUGGUUUGUUCAGUUUGCCAUCUUGUGGGUGCCUCAUUAAGAUGCUACAAACUUAACUGUGAAAAUCACUUUCAUGUUUUUUGCGCCAAAUCGACGAGAGGAAAAUUCAUGAAGGAUAAGACUUUCAUUUGCGAAGAACAUGAUGAUUAUCGGAAUGACUUGAUACUCGAUCAUUUAAAAGCUUUGCGCCGUAUUUAUGUUGAUCGUGAAGAAAAUCAGUUGAUAGCAAAAUUGUUUCACAGCGAAGCGGACCGACUAGUUUUGCGAGUAGGCAGCCUUAUAUUUAACCACAUUGGGCAGCUGCUUCCAGAACAGUUAAAAGCGUUCCAUAAUUCAGAUCAUAUAUUUCCGAUUGGAUACAGUGUUAAACGGAUUUUUUGGUCAUUAACUAAUACAACUGAUCGUACCCAAUAUCAAUGUACAAUUUGCGAUAAAUCAUCAGCACCAGAAUUUGUAAUCUCAUACGGGGACGGCCAGGAAGUUCGGGAGACUUCGGCAUCAGCUGCCUGGAACCAUAUAUUAAUGGAAGUAGAAAGAACACGAGAUAAAGAUGAUGGAUUAUUACGUCUAUUCCCAGCGAAUCUUACUGGCGAUAGUUUAUUUGGUCUUACGGAAGCAGCUGUUUCAAAAAUGACGGAGUCGUUGCCAGGAGUGGACCAACUGAUAACUUAUACUUUCAAACAUGGUGGAGUUCCUCUGAUGGACUUGCCUCUGGCAGUCAAUCCAAGUGGAUGUGCUAGAUGUGAGCCGCGGUUCCGCACUCUUAUUAAACAUCGUCGGCGUAAUCAACCACCAGCGGCUACUGUUCGGUCAUUCGUUAGUACUGAUGUGCUUUCACGUGACACAAGAACACGUGGUAAUAGCAGUUCACUGUUCAGCGCAGUAGAUGUGUCUGUGGGACGUAGUUCAUGCAGUACAACAUUAGACUGUUACGGCGGGCGAUGGGAACCUGGACAACUGAGUACAGCUUAUUAUUCACAAUAUCAGAAAAUGAAGAAAGAAUGGAAAAAUACUGUGUACCUGGCUCGUUCACGUAUUCAAGGAUUAGGAUUAUAUGCAUCACGAGAUAUUGAAAUGAAUUCCAUGAUUAUCGAAUAUAAAGGCGAAGUUAUACGUAGUGAAGUUGGCGAAAUGCGUGAAAAGAAAUAUGAAGCUCAAAAUCGUGGUGUAUAUAUGUUUCGUAUUGAUGACGAAAAACUUAUUGAUGCAACAAUGGCUGGUGGUCCAGCACGAUACAUCAAUCAUUCCUGUGAUCCAAACUGCAGUACGCGUUUGGUGGAUUCGGGUCCAUGUGGUGAUGACAAAAAAAUUAUUAUUAUUGCUAACAGACCUAUAAGUGCCGGAGAAGAGUUAACAUAUGAUUAUCAGUUCGAUAUCGAAGAUGCAGCUGAUAAGAUUCCUUGUUUAUGCGGUGCACCGAAUUGCCAAAAAUGGAUGAAUUGA